AUGUCUCGCCGCUACGAUUCACGAACAACCAUCUUCUCGCCCGAGGGCCGUCUCUACCAGGUCGAAUACGCUCUUGAGGCCAUCUCGCACGCCGGAACUGCUCUGGGUAUCUUAGCCAAGGAUGGCAUUGUCCUGGCCGCCGAGCGCAAGGUCACCAGCAAGCUGCUCGAACAAGACACAUCCGCCGAGAAGCUGUACACCCUGAAUGAGUUCGUCGACACACCUCAUUCCUAUCUUGUUAUUCGUACUGACCUCUUUCAAGCANACAUGAUCUGCGCCGUCGCUGGAAUGACUGCCGAUGCCAACAUCCUCAUCAACUACGCCCGCUCAGCCGCUCAAAACUACCUCCUCACCUACAACCAAGAGAUUCCUUGCGAACAGCUGGUCCGCCGUCUGUGUGAUUUGAAGCAAGGUUACACUCAACACGGUGGUCUGCGUCCCUUCGGUGUUUCGUUCAUCUAUGCUGGUUACGACGAUCAGCGCCAAUUCCAACUCUACCAGAGCAACCCCAGUGGCAACUACGGCGGUUGGAAGGCCACUAGUGUCGGCGCCAACAAUGCCAGCGCUCAGAGCUUGCUCAAACAAGACUAUAACGACGAGUGCUCGCUGAGAGAAGCCUGCGGUCUGGCCGUCAAGGUCUUGAGCAAGACCAUGGACUCCACAAACCUCAGCAGUGAGAAGAGUACGUUCGAUCCUUACAAUGUGUGUUCCACGGCUCAGCUAACAUUUUCCCAGNUCGAGUUCGCUACGGUCGGCAGAACAAAGGAAGGCACUGUCUACCACCACCUCUGGGGUGCCGAGGAGAUCGACGCCCUGCUCAAGGAGCACGGCCUGGCCAAGCCCGCAAGCUCAGAAGACACCACCGAGCAAGCUGUCGGCAGCGCCGGCUACGCUGAGAACAGACCCGAAAACUAG